UGCUAGAAAUGGGACAGUAGACAUGAUCUGGGAUGAUUUGAAGCAAACCAGGAUUCAGCUGGUUUGUAUUCAGCUGACCCUUCCAGCACCUUCUGAGGGCCUUGCUGUUAUCUGUCCUAGUCUGUCUCGUUCAAACCCCAAAACAGUAACUAGGUAGAGAUUGUCUCCAUAUGGUCUAGGGCUUUUCUUGAGGAUGUUAACUAGAGGUUUUGUCAAACAGUGAAAGGAUCUGUUGAGAAGAGUGAAGCUCAUUUUAGGGGUUUCAUAUCUGUUUGUCAAGCCAAAGUAUAGAAAACUAUCCAUAAAUUAUUCACAUGCUCUGUGGUGGGAUAAGGUAUGAAGGAACCUCCCAAUCUGUGGCCCACUUUCUAGUAAUGGCUCAUACUUAGUAAGGGCUCACUGCUGUUCAGUCCUUUCUGUGAUAGGGACUACUGUUAUUCUCAUUUGAUGAAUGAGGAAACAGGGCUGAGGGAAGGGAGGGUUUCUGGCCCAGGCCCCAGUAAUGUUCACUGCACAGCCAAGUGCAGAUUGUAGCCAGCUACGCUCUGCUUGGUGGAAGGGACACCUGGGUUUGUGUGAUGCCCAGGUAGUACUGACUCCAGAUGGGCCCCAUUUAUUUCAGUCACCCUUUAUUUCUGUACUUCCUGCAGGUCUCAUGAUUUUGUAAGGGGAGCCCCAUCAACUGAUCAGUGUUCAUGGUUGUAUCUUUCCUAAAGCCCUGCAUUUUAUCAUCAUCACACUUACCACAGAUUGCAUUUGUUUUUGUAUGAUUGUCUUGUUGUACCCCCAUAAGAUCAUAAGCAUCCUGAGGGCAAGGACUCUGUGUGUCUCACCUUUGUAUCCCUGGGCCUGGCAUGUAGUAGGGAUUUAAUUACUGAGUGAACUGAUGGCCCCACUGGUCACUUGGUGCAUUCAAGCUGAUGUGACUACAGGUCACUGUGACUCCAAUGGCAGCUUGCUCCAAGUACAGGUAUACAUGCUGCCUACUCUACUCACUGUAAUUGUAGUCCUUUAGCUCUGUUGCUGACUGUUAAUAUGUGUAUAGAAAUCAAUGUUGAGAAUUCAGGAGAUAUAUAGCUCUCCUUGAAUUGAGUUAAUUUUAUUAAUGCCUUUGGCAAAUGUACACUUUGUGCUCCUCACCACCUAUGAAUACUCUUCAGUGGCUGUGGUGAUGUCUUGUGGACAUACCUUUUGGACCCAGCACUACCUAGAAGACGCUCUUCUGUUAUUCAGAACCCUUUUUCAUCUGUUGGAUUUGUGUCUGUCUGCCUGUCCUUCAGCAGUGUGAAUUAAAAGUUGUCUCUACUAUCAAAUGCUUCCUCUACAGAGUUUUCUGUUCAACUGUUAGGCACCUUCUUAUUUUAGUGCACAGACAAGCAGACUAUAGCUGUAGGAUUGUGAGGGGACAUGGGAGGAGGCAUAGUUAUAAAAAGGAUAGGGAGCUGAAACUCCCCUUGGACCCAGGAGUGAGGGAGGUAGAUAGCAUGGGUGUCCCAGUGACAUGUCACAGAGGAGGAUGCAUUUAAUAAUGCAACUUGGAAUGUGUUAAGGCACAUGCCAAGUGAAAUCUGUCUCUUCCUAGUAAGAAAAUAGUUUUUACUGAAAAGAGUUCCAAGAAAACCCCAAUUGUUUUAUUUAUUUCUUUGCUAGUAAACUUCCUGCAGGAAGACCAGAUAGACAAGAGUGAUAACCUUUCCUCAUUCAAAGGGAAAUCGUGCACAUGUCCAUUUGUAGGUGGUGGAGCAAUUUUUCUGGCAGAGAGAAACUCCUAUGUUAUGCAAUCACAGAGCAGCCAGAAGUGCCCUUCUUUCUUAGCCUGUGUGUCCUGGAAGGUUACCAGUUCUCAAAGCUUGGUUUGAAGCUGUUGCUCUACAGUGCCCUCUUCGAGACCCUCAUCAGAAUUAAUCACUCCGUGUUCUGUGCUUCCAUGGAACAUUUACAUAUAUUUCAUUUGACCCUGGACUUCUGCAGCUCACAUGCGCUUGAAGAUUAUAAGCUCAUCAAAGGGCUGAUGCUGAUUUCUUUGACUCCUUUCAGUACCUUUCAUAGAAUAGAUAAUAAAUGCUUGUUAAAAUAAACAAGUGUGAGAGCAGAGUACAGGAAGCUGUGAUGCCUGGGCCUGAAGCAAGGUUAAGAUUCCCGAGUCCCCAGUGUAGUGGUAAGAAGCUAUUGAGAGGCUCUAAGGCAGGCAUCACUUAGUAGGUAAUGCAUGGAAGGAGGUCACCAUGUCCCUCAGUCCUGGUCUAUUGUGGGAUCUAUGGAACAGGCCUAUUUUCCUCAUUGGAGGCUGCUAAGGGGGUCUUUUCUUCCCUAUCUUCAACCUAAUGUGUCUGGCCUUUGAAAUGUACUGAUAGCCCUUUUUUUCUAAGUGAUGUUUCAAUAAACCACAUUAAUCUGUCACAUUUAAACAAACCUUAACUUUCUAAGAUAAUUAAGUGAACUCCUUAAGGCCGACACUUAAUUUUAGUUGGAAGAAAAAAAAAGGACCCAGACUAUUUCAUUACAGUCAGUUAAGGUCAGCCACCUAAGUCUGUCAGCAAUAAAAGGAUUCUUUGACAAUGAAUAGUUUAAAUUCUACUCACUUUCUUAAAGGAUCAUCCUCAGGAAAGAAGUUUUAACCCUCCCCUUCUUUCCCCUGCAAAAUGAAUUGUUGAACUCAAAUGGAAUGUUGAACUCAACGUCUGCUGUGGAAUGAAAUCAUCACUGGCAGAAGCAUAUUGACACAUCUGUUGUGUUAAACAGAAUUACAGAUAUUCUUAAGGAUGUAGAAAUUUGAACAAAAAGAGUGCCCAUUUUGACUAGAUGCGGAUUACUCAUUAGGUGCUAGAAGUGACUUUGAGAGAGUACAAAGAAAGGAAAGGCAGGGCGUCUUUUAGGGACGAGUGGUAGUUGAUGAAUUCCAACUCCGAGGCAUCCUUGUUGAAGAAUCCUGGAGCGCUGUGGAGGUCCUGGGCACUCACCCACGCUUUGCAGAUCCAAACGCGUUUAUGAGUAUAAGAAAUGACGGUCAUAAAUUCGAGAAGGAAAACCCCUUUCAGACUGGCCUGCUUAUUAGGAUAUUGCUGUGGUGGAGAUGAGUGAUGCCUUCAGGCAGCCUUCCUUGUUUUACCACCUGGGAGUGAGAGAAAGUUUCAGCAUGGCCAAUAACAUCAUCCUCUACUGUGACAAUAAUUCAGACUCUCUUCAGUCGCUGAAGGAAAUCAUUUGCCAGAAGAAUACUAUGUGCACUGGGAACUACACGUUUGUUCCGUACAUGAUAACUCCACACAACAAGGUCUACUGCUGUGACAGCAGCUUCAUGAAGGGGUUGACAGAGCUCAUGCAACCAAACUUCGAGCUGCUGCUCGGACCCAUCUGCUUACCACUUGUGGACCGUUUCAUUCAGCUUCUGAAGGUGGCACAAGCAAGUUCCAGCCAGUAUUUCCGGGAAUCUAUACUCAAUGAUAUCCGGAAAGCUCGUAAUUUAUACACUGGUAAAGAACUGGCAGCUGAAUUGGCAAGAAUUCGACAGCGAGUGGACAAUACUGAAGUCUUGACAGCAGAUAUUGUCAUAAAUCUGUUACUUUCCUACAGAGAUAUCCAGGACUAUGAUUCUAUUGUGAAGCUGGUAGAGACUUUAGAAAAACUGCCAACCUUUGAUUUGGCCUCUCAUCACCAUGUGAAGUUUCAUUAUGCAUUUGCACUGAACAGGAGAAAUCUCCCUGGAGAUAGGGCAAAAGCUCUUGAUGUUAUGAUUCCUCUGGUGCAAAGUGAAGAGCAAGUUGCUUCAGAUAUGUAUUGCCUAGUUGGUCGAAUCUACAAAGAUAUGUUUUUGGACUCUAAUUUCAUGGACACUGAAAGUAGAGACCAUGGAGCUUCCUGGUUCAAAAAGGCAUUUGAAUCUGAGCCAUCACUACAGUCAGGAAUUAAUUAUGCCGUCCUCCUCCUGGCAGCUGGGCACCAGUUUGAGUCUUCUUUUGAGCUCCGAAAAGUUGGGGUGAAGCUAAGUAGCCUUCUUGGUAAAAAGGGAAACUUAGAAAAACUCCAGAGCUACUGGGAAGUUGGAUUUUUUCUGGGAGCCAGUGUGUUGGCCAAUGACCACAUGAGAGUUAUUCAAGCAUCUGAAAAGCUUUUUAAACUGAAGACACCGGCAUGGUACCUCAAGUCAAUUGUAGAGACAAUUUUGAUAUAUAAGCAUUUUGUGAAACUGACUACAGAACAGCCUGUGGCCAAGCAGGAACUUGUGGACUUCUGGAUGGAUUUCCUGGUGGAGGCCACAAAGACAGAUGUUACUGUAGUUAGGUUUCCUGUAUUAAUAUUAGAACCAACCAAAAUCUAUCAGCCUUCUUAUUUAUCUAUCAACAAUGAAGUUGAGGAGAAGACAAUAUCUAUUUGGCAUGUGCUUCCUGAUGACAAGAAAGGUAUACAUGAAUGGAAUUUUAGUGCUUCUUCCAUCAGGGGAGUGAGUAUUUCUAAAUUUGAAGAACGAUGCUGUUUUCUUUAUGUGCUUCAUAAUUCUGAUGAUUUCCAGAUCUAUUUCUGUACAGAACUUCAUUGCAAAAAGUUUUUUGAAAUGGUGAACACCAUUACUGAAGAGAAGGGGAGAAGUACAGAGGAAGGCGAUUGUGAAGGUGACUCCCUGGAGUAUGACUAUGAAUAUGAUGAAAAUGGUGACAGAGUCGUUUUAGGAAAAGGCACAUACGGGAUAGUCUAUGCAGGUCGGGACCUGAGCAACCAGGUCAGAAUUGCUAUCAAAGAAAUCCCAGAGAGAGACAGCAGAUACUCCCAGCCCCUACAUGAAGAAAUAGCACUGCAUAAGCAUCUGAAGCACAGAAAUAUUGUCCAGUAUCUGGGCUCUUUUAGUGAGAAUGGUUUCAUUAAAAUCUUCAUGGAGCAGGUCCCAGGAGGAAGUCUUUCUGCUCUUCUUCGUUCCAAAUGGGGCCCACUGAAAGACAAUGAGCAAACCAUUGGCUUUUAUACAAAGCAAAUACUUGAAGGAUUAAAAUACCUCCAUGACAAUCAGAUAGUUCACCGAGAUAUAAAGGGUGACAAUGUGUUGAUAAAUACCUAUAGUGGUGUUCUCAAGAUCUCUGACUUCGGAACAUCAAAGAGACUGGCUGGCAUAAAUCCAUGUACCGAAACAUUUACUGGUACCCUUCAAUAUAUGGCACCAGAAAUAAUUGAUAAAGGACCAAGAGGCUAUGGAAAAGCAGCGGACAUUUGGUCUUUGGGCUGCACAAUCAUCGAAAUGGCCACAGGGAAACCACCCUUUUAUGAACUGGGAGAACCACAAGCAGCUAUGUUCAAGGUGGGAAUGUUUAAAGUCCACCCGGAGAUCCCAGAGUCCAUGUCGGCAGAGGCCAAGGCAUUCAUACUGAAAUGUUUUGAACCAGAUCCUGACAAGAGAGCCUGUGCUAAUGACUUGCUUAUUGAUGAGUUCCUAAAGGUUUCAAGCAAAAAGAAAAAGACACAACCUAAGCUUUCAGCUCUUUCAGCUGGAUCAAAUGAGUAUCUGAGGAGCAUAUCCUUGCCCGUGCCCGUCCUGGUGGAGGACGCCAGCAGCAGCAGCGAGUAUGGCUCAGUCUCCCCAGACACAGAGCUAAAAGUAGACCCAUUCAAUUUCAAAACAAGAGCCAAAUCCUGCGGAGAAAAAGACGUAAAAGGAAUACGGACGCUCUUUUUGGGCAUUCCAGAUGAAAAUUUUGAAGAUCAUAGUGCUCCACCUUCCCCGGAAGAGAAAGACUCUGGAUUCUUUAUGCUAAGGAAGGACAGUGAAAGACGGGCCACCCUUCACAGGAUCCUGACGGAAGACCAAGACAAGGUUGUGAGAAACCUAAUGGAAACUUUGGCUCAGGGGGCUGAAGAACCUAAACUAAAAUGGGAGCACAUCACAACCCUCAUCGCAAGCCUCAGAGAAUUUGUGAGAUCCACUGAUCGAAAAAUCAUUGCCACAACACUGUCAAAGCUGAAGUUAGAGCUUGACUUUGACAGCCACGGCAUUAGUCAAGUCCAAAUGGUGCUCUUUAGUUUUCAAGAUGCUGUCAAUAAAGUUCUUCGGAAUCAUAACAUCAAGCCACACUGGAUGUUUGCCUUAGACAGUAUCAUCCGAAAGGCAGUGCAGACAGCCAUUACCAUUCUGGUUCCAGAACUGAGGCCACAUUUCAGCCUUGCAUCUGAGAGUGAUACUGCUGAUCAAGAAGACUUGGAUGCAGAAGAUGACCAUGAGGAACAGCCUUCAAACCAAACUGUCCGAAGACCUCCUGCUGUCAUUGAAGAUGCUGUGGCUACCUCAGGGGUGAGCACGCUCAGUUCCACGGUAUCCCACGAUUCCCAGAGCGCUCACCGAUCGCUGAAUGUACAGCUUGGAAGGAUGAAAAUAGAAACUAAUAGAUUGUUGGAAGAAUUGAUUCAGAAAGAGAAAGAAUUGCAAGCUUUUCUCCAUCAAGCUAUUGAAGAAAAAGAACAAGAAAUUAAAAACCUGAAGCUUAAGUCCCAACCAAUAGAUAUCCCUGGACUGCCUGUGUGUCACCUCAGUUCUCCUGGCACAAGCAUGGAAGGUUCUGAACUUACUGACUGGCUAAGAGAAAAUGGAGCUGAUGAAGACACUAUAAGUCAGUUUCUGGCUGAGGAUUAUUCACUAGUGGAUGUUCUCUACUAUGUUACACGUGAUGAUUUAAAAUGCCUGAGACUAAGGGGAGGGAUGCUAUGCACACUGUGGAAGGCCAUCACUGACUUUCGAGACAAACAAACUUGACUAUCACUCCAUUUGCUUCAAACCUUCCAUGGAGACUCUAAAAAUUAAUACAGAACUGAUCUUCUUAGGGGAGGGAGAAUCAAGAGAGAAGAGAAGGAAGCUGCACUUUAAAUCCAGUAUUUGUUUACUCGUGUUGAAAAAAAGACAAAAUACACUGAAAAUUUCUAACUGCUUCUAUUUCUAUAAUUCAUAAGGACUCUUCAUAAGGACUCUCAAAAUAAUCCUAAACCAACCUUAAGAUAUUUAGGAUUAUUUUGGUCUAAACAUUUUUAUGGAAAUAUUUUUAACUCAGCAGCUAUUGCACUUCAGCCAAAUGUUUAUUUCACACAAAAUGGAAGUAACAUUUCAUGUGAUUGUGCAUCACUGGAACAAAACCAAAAUGUGACCAUAUCUUUUAGGCUUACGUGUGUUUGUAAUAUGCUCUAAUAAUCUGAGUAGAAAUGCAUAAUUUCAACUACUGUAUAAAGUUCCUGUUUUUUUUUUAAGUGUGCAGACUCUGAGAGCAAUGGUUUUUACUUAACUAUCUGUAUUAAUUGUAAGAUUGACUAUAUUUUGUAACUUAAGUUUCUGGCCUCUAGUACAUUCGAGUUGUUUAUGUACCACUGAACUGUACCAGUUGCAUAUGCCUGAAUCAUAGUAAUGUUAGCUUGU